AUGUUAUGGGACCUUAAAGAAGACUCAUUCAAGUUCUCAAUUGAGCUCAAGGAUAAUCCAUUCACCAGAAGAGGAUUGUUGUCAACUAUCUCAUCAUUAUAUGAUCCCCCUUGGGUUGCUCUCUCUCCAAUCAUCUUACCAGCCAAGAAGCUGUUACAAGAAUUGUGUCAAGUUGAGAGUUUGGACUGGGAUGAGAGGAUUCCAGAUGAGCCAGCUGAAAGGUGGCAACAUUGGAUACAAGGUCUUCAUUUACUGGAGCAGCUUUCAAUACCAAGAUGCUUCAAGUCAAGUGGUUUUUGUAAUGUGACAGGUUCAAGUCUUGUAUUAUUCAGCGAUGCAAGUACAGUUGGUUAUGGUGUUUGCAGCAUAUCUUGUUCUUCACGAUGGAAACUAAGUUCAGUCAAAUCUUGUCAUGGGAAAUCAAGAGUAUCUCCCAAAAAGGUGGUGACUAUACCUAGGUUAGAACUUACAGCUGCAACUGUGUCUGUCAAGGUUGCUCACACAUCCUGA